CACGCACACACACAUACACAAACACACACUCACCAAACAGGAAGACUAUACCUGCUUGGUGCGAGUUAGCUGGAAACUGUCAGCUAUCUGUGAAAAAGAGAAGAGAAGAUUUGAAUGAUACCAGCACCAGGACCACUAGCACCACAGCGAAGAAGAAGUUUGGCAGAGAAAUACUGAAUUACAAAAUUGUUCAUCAAACCACUCCAGACCACACCAUCAGGAAACAGAAAAGGAUUCCUGAUUGUAAAAAAAAAUGGCUGUCCACCUAACACCUCUGUGAGUGUGGAUUACAAGACCUGGGAUGAUGCUUUUUUAACUGAGUCCUACAGACCUUCCAACUGUCAACAAUGUUCACCCCCAGGAAAAACAGUCUUCCCUCCCCCAGCCUGGAGGACUCCUUCUUCCCUCUGUCCGCAUCUUCCUCAGUGUCUCUCUCCUUUGCUCUCCCUUCAUCUAUAUCCUCUUCUGGUAGCACUGACAGCAGAGGAGGGAUAGAGACGGAUUUGAUACUAGCUGCAGAGUUGGGACAGGCCUUAUUGGAGAAGAAUGAGGAGCUGGCAGCCUCUCUGGAGCAGAGGGAGAGGGAGAUGGAGGUUUUACAGCAGGAGAAACAUCUUCUUCAGAGGAAGCUGGAGAUUAACGAACUGGCAUCCGGUCAGAAAGAGGCAGAGCUGGCUGCGGAUUUAGCUGCCUUGAGGGCUGAGCUGGAGCGACAUCUUCGCCAGGGGAGAGAUCGGAGAAGAGAUGAGAGUGAACAGCUGACUCUGUUAGCCAGUCAUAACCAACGAUUGGUGGAGCAGCUAGCAGAGGCUGUAACACUGGAACACUCCUUGAGGACUGAGCUCCGUUCCCUCAGAGAAGAGAUGGAAGAAUCCUCUUUCAACCGAAAUAUCAACUUCACGCAGAUAGAGAAUAUUCAAGCAGAGAACAAAGUUUUGCUGGAGCGACUGUCGCACAUGGAGGCACAACUAAAAGCUUCACAGGAGGACAGUGAUAGACUCCGCGUGGAGAGAGAGGGACUGAGAGAGAGAUUGUCAGACCUCCAAGUGAAACUGAGAGAGAACGAAGCAGAGUUAGAGCAGGAGCAAGGAGUGGUGUUUGAGUUGCGUACCUUGAAUCGCUCUCUGCAGAAAAGAGCUCUGAGCCUGGGAGGAGAAAGCUUCCUGGACAGUGCUCACACACAACCUUUGUCUCUGCUUAGUGAAAUUCAACAAUCGCAGGCUAAAGAGGCUCUUCUGGCUCACUCCACAGUCCUGCAAGCAAGAGAUGAACAGAUACAAGCACUCAAACAGGAGUUACAAUCUCAGCAAGAAGAGCUGGAGACUUUGAGGGAAGAAAUCAAGCCAUUUAAAAGCAGUCCGGAAAAGCCAAGCUACAGUUCCCUAGAGAGUGAGUUGGUCACAGUGCACAAGGAGAAAGAAUCACUAACUCAGCAGCUUCUCAACACCAUCAAACACAAGGUGGCGCUGUCUCAAGAGCUGGAAGCCUGGCAGGAGGAUAUGCGGUUGGUGAUCAAUCAGCAGGUGCAUCAAAGGGAGGAGGAGAGAGAGAAGGAGAAACAGCGAGAGAGAGACAACACUGUAGGACUCCAAAGAAGCAAGUCUUUGAAAGUAAAGGGAGAAGGAGGGAAAGGAUUCUUUUCUUUUUUCAGAGACAAAUAACAGAGAAUUUGCAGCGGUUUAAACGGACUGAGUAUCAGCCUUUAUCUUUACCACUGUGAGCUGAUGUUGCCAGAUAAUGUAGCCGACUGUUAUCUGAAUCAACAAGUAAAAUGUUUACAGACCUCAUAUUUGAAUAGAUUCAAAUACAUUUGUAUAUAUAGUAAAUGGAUGUAUAGUAACAGUAUAUCAGUAAUUUCAGUUUUUAGGAUUUUAAUAUUAAAAAGUUAAAGCCACUAAUGAGUCUUUACUAGGUGAGAGCAAGUUCUUAAAGCUGCUUUUUCUAAAUGUUUUUGGUCAGGCCAACUCUGUGUUCAGGUAGAGCAAAAUGAGUAUUAUAGUCUGCGGGACUGCAGACUGCAUACAAAGUUCAUGUAAAGGCACAAGUUUGCAAGAGCAGUGCGAAAUGACACGAAGUGACAAGUUUGAAAAUGUUUCACAUUUCACAUUUCAUCAAACUGCUUCAUAAAUAUACAGAGGGGACAGGAAAAAGGAGAGAGACAAUAGGACAUUAAACAGAAAGUGCCACAGUUUCUGGUGAAUAUAAAUACACGGGCGCACUCCCGAAGAUAUGACCGAUGUGUCCAUUGCUAACAGCUAACAUCUUCACAGUCGGUGCUUUGGGUAUUUGUGGCAAAAACACAAACGUUAGAGCGGUCAAAUUUGCUCACAUUUGCUUCGCUUUCCGCCUGAAUGCACCUUGACGCACACUAAAAUGAACUAAACACAAAAAUCUGACGGCCUUAUAAAAGUUGUUAUGGUGAACAUAUUAGCAACUAUUUUAACAUCCACCAGACAUAGAGCAACACAUUCCCUUAGUGUCUCUGGUGUUGCUUGGCCGCCUGAAAAAUUUCCAGUAUUCACUCUCCUUUUAUCUUUGUUUUGGUCUCUAACAAUUCCUGAGAAAAACAUCUGGCUCUUUAGUUUGCUAGAUGCUUAACUAUAUACAGAAAAUACAACCAAAACGAUGAUUUAAAGGAGGCUAAAAAGCAGCUUGGUGCUGAGAGUAAGUUAAGAGUUAUGUUGCAAUUUUCUGUUGGCUUGUCACUACGAGUCACCCCUUUCCUAUUACAUGUAGUCAUUUGAUCCAUAGUAAAUACUAAAAAUAUCGCUAGGGGAGCUUUAAAACACAAUGAAUGCACAGGGCCAUAUCUACAGAACUGCAAUAUGUCCCUACAAAUAUUAACACACUUCAAGAAAAAAAGAGUCUAACUAUAAUAGAAAUAACAUCUUUAAUAAAUGAAGUCAAAAAAGACAGUCAUUCCCUUCCACUUCUCUCCAUGCUUAUAUUACAUAAUGUAUAAAUAAUACAUAUGCAAUAUUUCAUACAUUUAACAGGACUAGAAAUACCCCGAAGCAGUGUGAGUAGUGCAGGUUGCAUACAGGACAGUGUUUCUGCAUUCCUUCAUCUAUAUACUGUACAUACAGUACAGUCCUGGCUCAUAGCAGGACUCAUAGUUAGUGCAUAGCCCCUCACACAUACCUCUGCUGAGUGGUAGUAAAUACAGUAUGGCACAGCACCUAUUCUCUUAGAGUCAACGGGCUAUUUGUUCGUGUGUGGAACUCUCACAUACUUUUAUUCGCUGGCAAAAAGAAAAAGAUGACAAUCAAACACACAAUCAUACACACACUUCCAGGGAUCUUACUGGUGUUUUAGCAUGAUUUCAUCCAUUUACUAAAACUCACACAGAGCUGACAUUACUGCUGACCACUUUGUUUCUAGAUUGAAGCUCUAAGCAUUAGCUGGUGAAAAUCAUCUCACAGAAACUGGCUUGAGAUAAUUAAACAGUGAACAUGUAAUCAGCUUUAUUUUUUCUCUGUUAGUAUCAUGUGGUAAUGCUGAGUGUAACACCUGUAUCAACCCUAAUCCAUGUAAACCAAUGGCUGCCUGGAAAAUGGGAAAAGUCAUGUAUUAGUUUUACAAAUCACAAUGUGCUGUGGAGAAUGGUCAGCAGAGAGGUCAGGUAUACACAAAUUCUAGUUAAUGGGAUAAAACAUGAAAAGCACCAUAAUAUGUUAAUGCAAUCUAUAUACAU